GUCAUGACAGAGCUGAAGGCAAAGGAUCCCAGGGCUCCCCACGUGGCGGGCGGCGCGCCCUCUCCCACCGAGGUCGGAUCCCCUCUGCUGGGACGUCCGGACGCUGGCCCCUUCCAGGCGAGCCGGUCCUCCGACGCCUCGCCCGUAGUCUCGGCCAUACCCAUCUCCCUGGACGGGCUGCUCUUCCCUCGGCCCUGCCAGGGACAGGAGCCCCCAGACGGGAAGACGCAGGACCAGCAGUCGCUGUCAGACGUGGAGAGGGCGUAUCCCAGAGUGGAAGCCACAGGGGGUGCAGGCGGUGGCAGCUCUAGACCCCCAGAAAAGGACAGCGGACUGCUGGACAGUGUCCUGGACACGUUACUGGCGCCCUCGGGUCCGGGGCAGAGCCACGCCAGCCCUCCCCCCUGCGAGGCCACCAGCCCUUGGUGCCUGUUUGGCCCCGAGCUUCCUGAAGACCCCCGGGUUGCCCCCUCCACCCAGGGCGUGUUGCCCCCGCUCAUGAGCCGGCCAGAGGGCAAGGCUGACGACAGCUCCGGGACGGCAGCUGCCCAUAAAGUGCUGUCCAGGGGCUUGUCACCGUCCCGGCAACUGCUGCCCCGGACCUCUGGGAGCCCUCGUUGGCCUGGGGCCGCAGUAAAGCCGUCUCCGCAGCCCGCUGUGGUGGAGGUGGAGGAGGAGGAUGGCUCCGAGUCCGAAGACUCCGUGGGGCCACUUCUGAAGGGCAAACCCCGGCCUCUGGGAGGCACGGCGGCCGGAGGAGGAGCCGCGGCCACCGCUCCUGGGGCGGCCGCAGGAGGCGUCGCCCUGGUCCCCAAGGAAGAUGCCCGCUUCUCGGCGCCCCGAGUUGCCCUGGCGGAGCAGGACGCGCCAGCGCCGCCCGGACGCUCCCCGCUGGCCACCACGGUGAUGGAUUUUAUCCACGUGCCCAUCCUGCCGCUCAACUCGGCCUUCCUGGCCGCCCGCACCCGGCAGCUGCUAGAAGGGGAGACCUAUGACGGCGGGGCCCCGGCUGUCAGCGCCUUUGCCCCGCAGCGGGGCUCGCCCUCGGCCACCCCAGUUGCCACCAGCGACUUCCCCGACUGCGCGUACCCGCCCGACGCCGAGCCCAAGGACGACGCGUUCCCGUUCUAUGGCGACUUCCAGCCGCCCGCCCUGAAGAUCAAGGAGGAGGAGGAAGGCGCCGAGGCCGCCGCGCGCUCCCCGCGGCCGUACCUGGUGGCGGGUGCCAAUCCCGCUAUCUUCACGGAUUUCCCGCUGGCGCCGCCGCCUCUGCCUCCGCGAGCGCCGUCGUCGAGAUCCGGGGAAUCGGCCGGGGCGGCCGCAUCCGCCAGCGCCUCUGUCUCGUCUGCGUCCUCGUCGGGGUCGACCCUGGAGUGCAUGCUGUACAAAGCGGAGGGCGCGCCGCCCCAGCAAGGCCCGUUUGCGCCGCCGCCCUGCAAGGCGCCGGGCGCGGGCGCCUGCCUGCUGCCGCGGGACGCCCUGCCCUCCACCUCGGCCUCCGCCGCCGCCGCCGGGGCGGGCCCUGCGCUCUACCCGCCGCUCGGCCUCAACGGGCUCCCGCAGCUCGGCUACCAGGCCGCCGUGCUCAAGGAGGGCCUGCCGCAGGUCUACCCGCCCUAUCUCAACUACCUGAGGCCGGAUUCAGAAGCCAGCCAGAGCCCACAGUACAGCUUCGAGUCAUUACCUCAGAAGAUUUGUUUAAUCUGUGGGGAUGAAGCAUCAGGCUGUCAUUAUGGUGUCCUUACCUGUGGGAGCUGUAAGGUCUUCUUUAAAAGAGCAAUGGAAGGACAGCAUAACUAUUUAUGUGCCGGAAGAAAUGACUGCAUUGUUGAUAAAAUCCGCAGAAAAAACUGCCCAGCAUGUCGCCUUAGAAAGUGCUGUCAGGCUGGCAUGGUCCUUGGAGGUCGAAAGUUUAAAAAGUUCAAUAAAGUCCGAGUUAUGAGAGCACUAGAUGCUGUCACUCUCCCACAGCCAGUGGGCAUUCCAAGUGAAAGCCAGAGAAUCACUUUUUCACCAAGUCAAGAUAUACAGUUGAUCCCCCCACUGAUCAACCUGCUAAUGAGCAUUGAACCAGACAUGAUCUAUGCAGGACAUGACAACACCAAACCUGAUACCUCCAGUUCUUUGCUGACGAGUCUUAAUCAACUAGGCGAGAGACAACUUCUUUCAGUAGUCAAGUGGUCUAAAUCACUGCCAGGUUUUCGAAACUUACAUAUUGAUGACCAGAUAACUCUCAUCCAGUAUUCUUGGAUGAGCUUAAUGGUAUUUGGACUAGGAUGGAGAUCCUAUAAACAUGUCAGUGGACAGAUGCUAUAUUUUGCGCCUGAUCUUAUACUAAAUGAACAGCGGAUGAAGGAAUCAUCGUUCUAUUCAUUAUGCCUUACCAUGUGGCAGAUCCCACAGGAGUUUGUGAAGCUUCAAGUUAGCCAAGAAGAGUUCCUCUGUAUGAAAGUAUUGCUACUUCUUAAUACAAUUCCUUUAGAAGGACUAAGAAGUCAAAACCAGUUUGAAGAGAUGAGAUCAAGCUACAUUAGAGAGCUCAUCAAGGCGAUUGGUUUGAGACAAAAAGGAGUUGUCUCUAGUUCACAGCGUUUCUACCAACUUACAAAACUUCUGGAUAACUUGCAUGAUCUCGUCAAACAACUUCAUCUGUACUGCUUAAAUACGUUUAUCCAGUCCCGGGCACUGAGUGUUGAAUUUCCAGAAAUGAUGUCUGAAGUUAUUGCUGCACAAUUACCAAAAAUCUUGGCAGGGAUGGUGAAACCUCUUCUCUUUCAUAAAAAGUGAAUGUCAUUUUUAUCUUUAAACAAUUAAAUUUUGUGCUAUGUCUGUUUUUGUUUUGGUCAGGAUUAUGAGGUCUCGAGUUUUUACAAUGUUCUUCUCAAAGCCUUACAUUUAUAAC